AUGUUCAUAUCAUGGAUCUUUUUAUUGAUCAGCUGUUGUUAUGCAGCUGAGAAAUUAUCGUCAUAUAAUGUGGAUCCAAGUGAAACAUCGGUCUCCGGUUUAUCUUCCGGUGCAUAUUUUGCCACUCAAAUACAAGUGGCAUUUUCAGCUUCAAUAAAAGGUGCCGGAAUCAUAGCAGGUGGCCCCUAUAACUGUGCAGGACAAACAAGUUACACUGGUUGUAUGUACACAAGUAGCCCAUCGAUUACUCAAUCUAUUUCAAAUACAAAAUCGUGGAGUGGAAAUAAAAUUGAUGACAUAAAAAAUUUAGCAAAACACAAAGUUUACAUGAUCUCUGGAACUUCCGAUUCUACUGUGGGUCCUUCGGUAAUGGCUCAAUUAUAUAAAUAUUAUGUGACUGAUGGUCAAUUUAUUCCAAGUGCAAAUGUUGUAUUUAAAAACAAUUUAAACUCUGCACAUACAUUUCCCACUGAUUUUGAUAGUAGUGGUAAUAAUGGUUGCGGAUCUACCAGUAGUCCUUAUAUAAGUAAUUGUGCCUUCGAUGGAGCAGGUGCUAUACUCCAACAUAUUUAUGGACCUUUGAAACCACGAAAUAAUGGAGCAUUAAGUGGAAAAUUUAUUGAAUUUAAUCAAGAAGAAUUUAUAACUAAUGCAAGAAGUAAUGGAAUGAGCACUACAGGAUGGGUUUAUGUACCUAAAAGCUGUUCUGAUGGAGAUACUUGUAAAUUACAUAUUGCCUACCAUGGUUGUCUACAAGGCUACGAAAAAAUUGGUGACAAGUACGUUAAAAAUACAGGAUUUAAUCGUUGGGCUGAUACCAAUAAUAUCAUAGUUUUAUAUCCACAAGCAGUGGCCACAAAUACAAUAAACAUGGGUGGUGGAGCCUCAAUUCCAAACCCGAAUGGAUGUUGGGACUGGGUUGGAUGGUAUGGAAAUGAUUUUAGUGUUAAAAGUGGUAAACAAUCGACCGCUGCGAAAAAAAUGAUUGAUCGUAUAACGAAUGGUUUCAAUCCAAUUGAUGCACCGACGGAACUCCAAGUUCUUGCUACUACAGACAAUUCAGUUACUCUUGGAUGGAGACCAGUUUCAGGUGCAACUGGUUAUAAUCUUUAUAGAAAUGGUGGUAAAGUUAACGGUGCAAUAAUAACUGGAACAACAAUUACGGAUAAUAAUUUAAACUCAGGUACAACAUAUACGUACACCGUCAAGGCUGUUUCAUCAGCAGGUUCUGAAAGUGCGCCUUCAAAUUCAGUAACUGGUAAAACAACGGGUAUACCACCAGCUGUAGAAACGCCGAAUGGUUUAAUAGCUAUAGAUAUAACCAGUAAUUCUAUUACUUUGAAAUGGAAUGCCGUUUCAGGUGUAACAGCAUAUAAUAUUUAUCGUAAUGGGAAUAAGUUGACCAGUGUUAGCCUCACAUCAUAUACUGAUACAGAUGUGCGUCCAGCAACUGAUUAUCAAUAUCAAGUUUCAUCGAUAAAAGACUCAUCUGAAAGCGAAAAAUCUAUUGAAGUUCAAGCUACAACACUCACUGAAAAGGUGUGUGUCAGUGAUAAUAAUUUUAAUCAUGUAACUGCAGGAAGAGCUUAUCACAGUGGUGGCUAUGCAUUGGCUAAUGGUUCAAAACAAAAUAUGGGGCUUUAUAAUAUUUUUCAAAGGACAAAUUUAUGCAAAAUAAGAGAAAACUACUAUAGUUUACAAAUAUAUGGUGUCGAAUAUUAUUUUGGUGAUGGUAUUUGUAAAUCUCGACCUUAUUCUCAUUUAGGUCGAUUAAUUUUAUCGAAUACAAUGGGUAUGACUGAAAUGACACAAGAUGAAAUUGAAACAAAAAUUCUUUUUGAUAUGUAUGAUAAAUUUACUCGUAAAGAUUAUGAUUUACUUCGACAUAAUUGUAAUCAUUUUACAAAUUUUUUCCUUGAUCGUCUACUUAGUAUUCAUUUACCAAUGCGAUUUAAUCGAACAGAGCGAUGUAUUAUUGCUACACCAUGUUGCACUCGAACAUUAAAUGAUAUAUUUGGUAAUGAUUGGACUCGACCAAUAAUUGGAAUUAGAUCAAAUACAACUAUAGAACAAAACACAUGUUGUCAUCGAGAGUUAAGAAGAAGUACCAUAGCCUCCAAGAUUAACCAGACUAUCGCAUAA